AUAUUCAAUUUUAUUACAAUGCUCAUUAACAUUAUAAAAAAAUGCAAGCUUUCAUUCGAUUAAGUGUCGUUCUUAACUUAACGUCAAGAACUUUUCAUUGUUUUAUGAAUUUAGAACAUUUCAGGCAACUCCGUAUCGUCGUCCUCUGCGUAAUCAUUAAUCAUUAGUCUCCGUGAACCCCGUAGGCUCAAGCAUCAUCUGCACAAUUCUCAAACAUCGUAAUUUUUAUUAACGGAAUUAGGACGCAGGUGGACUGGAGCUGAGAGGCUGCAUGCGUGCGCAGCGGCCGCGGCAGCGAGCGGCCGGCGGCGCGCGGCAGUCGGCAUGCGGCGCGCGCGGAGCGUCACGGGGCCCUUGCGCCGCGCCCACCCGGCCUCGGGCGCCACCUGGAACGUCCAGGUGGUGAAGGGCAAGAUGAGCUCGACGUGUCUAUGGCACGCGUGUCGAGCGCUGUCGGCGGGCUUGCUGCUCAUGCUGCUGGGAGCUGCCAUGGCCGUCAUAGGGUACUACGCAGACACGCUGUCGGUGGCGCAGGAGGUGCGCGGCAACUCCACCGUGUCGGUGAAGGACGAGGCGCGCGGCUUCCAUCUCAACAACCUCUCGUACGCAGGACCUAUCGUCAUGGGCUUCGGAGGGUUCAUAGUAGUGGCGGCAUGCGUGAUGACGUUCGAAGCGCGCGACAGUGCGGCGAAGGUGACGCCGGCGCGGCCUCAAGCGAUGCCGCGGCCUCUGCCGAGGCGGGGGCCGGCCUGUGCACCUGCACGACUCGACCAGCUCGGCGUCUACCGCCUGCCGCACGCCUUGCCGCUGCCGCACGCAUUGCCGCUCGCGCCGUUGCCGCAUCGACACCGCGCGCCGCAUCACAGAGUUGGUGGCGAAAGAGCGAAGGUUCGGGCUCGGUUCGGUUCAGCGCCCGACCUGCAUAGCGCGAGCACCCGCGCGGCCUUGCCCGUCAGUGCGCUACGCCGCCCGCUGCGCCGCUACGCGCUCUCCGUAGAUGAGCCGCCGCAUUCAGCCGUUAGUGCUAGUGCGGCGGAAUCGGAGUGCGGGUCGCAGUCGUCGCUGGCGCUGGACUUGCACGGCAGCGGCGCGUGCGCCGGCAUCACUCUGCGCGUGCGCGACAACACGCGCCGCCGCCCGCUCGCGCGGCAACAGCGGCUCAGAGACGAUACCGUUCACCCAACUCCGGUAGCGAGUACAACUAACAUAAACAACUUAGAAGAACCCACUGUCAGAACGGACGAAGACGUCAGUAAAAACAACAUGGAGGUGGUGCAUUUGCGCGUGGAGCAAGAGGAGCGAGCCAGCAGCGCGCCGCCCGCGCCGGCCGCGCUCGCGUCGCCGCCGCCCUCGCCGCGCCUCGUCGUCACCGCGUGCUUCUCCGAGUCGCCCGCCACGCCGCCCGACACCUGCAUCACCAUCGAGCCCGCGCCGCGCACCGACCCGCCCCCGGCAGACAAAUGAGAACAACCUGCGUCUCGCCCCGACGAGACACCACAACUGUCGGCAAACGAUUGAUACACUUUUGUAUGAAGUAUACAACUUUUAGUUAUUUAGACAAGAACAAUAAAAUGUAUUGUACAUACAUACACUUACACGAGUUUUCGAUGUGUCUUCAUAAAUUGGCGACAAUUAGUAUCUAUUUUUUAAACCUACUAUUGUAAAGUAGUUUAUUUGAUGUGUAUAAGAGCAUUUUCAUAAUUUAUAAGGGAAGACGAAAGAAACGGGGGCCUACGAAUUGGCGAACAUUAAAUCUAAAUAAUGUGGUGCCAUAGUAAAGGAAGAAAGACAUGAUUAAUUAUGUCUCACGUGUUAUAUAAUGUUGAUCAUGCAUAAGUGUAUUCAUUUGUUUUAUUCUGUAUUCUGAUAUACAAUGACCGCGAGGGAUGACGUAUAAAUAAAUAAAUAAA